UAUCACCUCUUCCCCUUUUAUCUCCUAUCUCUGCUUUCUUCAAACCUUAAACCAGAUAAUUCUUACCCAGAGAAUUAUCAAACGAUGAAGUGGGGAAGAAAGAAACCUUCUUCUCCUUCCUCCUCGUCCCGGGCUUCUUCCAUGUCUCGUGUCUUUCCUGUUUCCUGGUUUUCUAAGUUUAAGCUAAUGGGGGGCAGUUCUAGGCCUCAACCCGAAAGAGCGAAGCCAAAAGGGAGGAAGAAUUCGCCUUCUAGGAGUUCAUGGCAGCAUGCUAGUUGUGGAGACGGUAGAUUCUAUGGCGGAGGAGAUGAUGGCUUUUGGAGAUUAUCGUUUGGAGAGGAGGAUGAUGUCAUGAAAAGGAGAGAUAGAUGUAUUUUGAGGUCUGUUCUGUAUGAGUCGGAUGAUGAGGUUGAACUUCCAUUGUCAAGUUGCAGAAGCUGCAGAUCCAGUUCUACAAAAGUGGGGGAAAGAGGGGAGUCCCAGAAGUUCAGUGACAUGGUGUCCGAUGAAAGAAAGAUGAGAGAAUUGCAUGGAGACGUAGAGAUUUCGCUGGGGAAUGGUGCACGUAAAGGAGAAAAAGGAAGGCAGGAAACAAAAUUCAAGACACCCAGGCAGGAAACUGUGAAAGAGCGGAGAUCACGAAAAGCUAACGGAAGGGUUUUGAAAGAGAAGUGGUCAGAAUUUGAGAAUGAAUUAGAUGCAGCAAAGAAAUCAACAAAAUCAGUAGAAAAGCAUAGCUUGAAACCAGAACCAGUAAGUAGAAUUCAAACUAAAGGAGACCAUAGCAAGUUAACAACCUCUCAUCCAAGGAAACAUCGCCAUGCCACUUCCAUGAAUUUAAGAAGUUCGAAUCUAGGAACAAUUGAAGAAGAUUGUACAUUUGCUUCUCUUAAUUUGGAAGAACCUGAUGCACCUAGUAAAGAAGAAAAAAGAAAAUUGAAAGAAAUGGACAUCAAGGAACUAAUGUCAAAGAGUGAGAACCAGAGAAAAUCCAUUCAUCUAAGCAGGGAAUUGCAGAGCAGAACAAAACAGAGGAGCAAAAUCAGAGUUCACUCACCAAGAACACCUUCCAAGGUGGAAAUUUGCAAAAUAAAAGCCCUGGAAGACAUGAAGGCCAAAAUGAAGAUGAAGAAGAAGAUUGAGGAGAGAAUUCUUGGAGGAAGAACACAAAUAGAAAGCUUUGCUGUUGUAAAAAGCUCCCUUGACCCACAGAAGGACUUCAGAGAUUCGAUGAUUGAAAUGAUCAUGGAGAAAGGGAUUAGCCAGCCAGAAGAACUCGAGGAACUCUUGGCUUGUUAUCUGACAUUGAACUCAGAUGAAUACCAUGACCUCAUAAUCAAGGUCUUCCGGCAGGUAUGGUUUGGCUUGAACCGAGCUUAUUUUGAUCCUGAAUUACAGAAUGAACAUUGCUAUGAAUGACCAACUUGUAAACAUAUUGCAAAUCCUAACUCUCAAUUUUCUUGUAUUAUGCCACUAAUUUUCAUUAAUCUGAAGGACUUAUUGCCAAAGAAGAAUCAAAAUAGGUUCUCUUAUUUAAGAGAAGAUUUCUGUUGUUCUAAUUUCAUGCAAAAUAGAGUGUAUGCUUAGAUGAUGAUGUUCUACCAAUGUACCGAUUAAGCGA